AUGAGAGGCCAGGCAUUCAUAGUAUUUGAAAACAUCGACAAUGCUAUAAAGGCGCAGAAAACGCUUAAAAACCGAGAAUUGUUUGGAAAGCCAAUGGUCAUUCAAUUCGCCAAGACGAAAAGUGAUGCAAUAGUACUCAAGAGAGAAGGCGAAGAAGCUCUAGAACAAUACAAAGCACCCAGGAAAGAGGCAUGGGAGAAGCUCCAGAAAGAAUUGAAAGAAAAGGAGGCACAAGCAAUGAAACAAGCAGAAACGGAUGUUACGACUAAAAAGAAGAAAUUGUCUGAUGGUAGAGUGGUUGCAAGUAAUGUUGAGUCUUCCAAGUCAUCUGGAGCUAGGAAAGGUGUUGUGGUUAAAGAGCAACCAGCGCCCCCUAACAAGAUUCUCUUCCUAGAGAACUUACCUCAAGGAAUCCAUGAAAGCAAACUCAAUGAUAUCUUUUCGAAGUAUUCUGGCUUUGUCGAGGUCCGUCUGUUUGCUGUGCGGAGAGUAGGCUUUGUUGAAUACGAGACGGAAAAACACGCUGUAAGCGUUAAAAGUUCAAUCGGCGAUCUUGAAGUAGAUGGAAACUCAAUUAAAAUUUCAUAUGCCAAAAAGUAG